AUGGCUGAGAGGACACUGGAACAAGUUCAGGGUGCAACAUUUACUAGUAAUGACUCCACAUCAUCACUGGGACCUGAGAAAGAAGACGUAUACCAGGAAAUAAAAUUUAGGGAACUGACAGACGGAGUAAUUCUCCUUUUUUCUUUCUUUCUUCAGUUAUCUAGUCAGAGUGAAGUCAUCACAAGAGUUAUUCAGAGGCUAUGUGAAAAAAGAAAGAAGAAUAUCCUUGCGUAUGGAUAUUCCUUACUGGAUGAAAACAGUUCUCACUUCCGAAUCAUGCCGUCUUCAAAUAUAUGCAGCUACCUACCCAAUACCGCAACAGAAACUCUUCGUAUCAGUGGCCUAUGGGAAACAUUACUGAGCAGGAUAGGGGAUGAUGUGAUGAUGUAUUUAUUAGAACACUGUGCAAUCUUUAUGCUGGUUCCCCCUAGUAGUUGCUAUCAAGUUUGUGGGCAACCCAUUUAUGAACUUAUUUCAAAUAAUGUAGAAUCGUCUCCGGUGUUUGUUAAACAAAGAUAUUCAAAGCAUAGACGUAAUAUCUUGUUUGACUAUAUGCAAAAGAGGCUUAUGUUUCAUAAAGAGUAUCUUUCAAAAUCUCACUGGUGGAAAUGUAAACGAAGACUUGCAGUUCAAGUCUCCAGCAAGGGAAAUCAAAAAAAUAACAAAAUACAAAGCUUAGGAUCCAGUUUGGCAUAUUCGUCUAAAGAUGAUUUUAAAGCAAGCAAACAGAUCAGAAUGGUAACUGAACAUCUGGAAAAUCAGAUUAGCCCAGGUUUAUCUUCAUCAGCUACAGCCCUGUCCUUGAAAAGGAAGCUUGAUAGGGAACAACUUAAAAUUACAGCUAAGAGAGCAAAAGUAGAGGAGGAAACACCAGAGAAAGAGGCUUGGAAUCACAGUCCUGGCAUAAACCAAAGUAGUUCCACGAGGUAUGGAACUGAGUACAUAGCAUCACAUUCUGUAAAUCUUACUGAAGAAAAGUACGCUGCUAGAGGAAGUGACAGUGAUAUGCCUGGCCCUUCUUUACUUCGCAAAUCUUAUGAUGGGAAGGAGAAAGCUGUCGCAGAUGAGAGUGCGUUUCUGCAAGGAGUUCAAAGUAACAGACCUGUUAAGUCCAACAUGGAAAUGCAAGCAGAAUCAAAUAGAAAGGGCAUAGAGAUGCAUAUGUAUAAAUCUCAGGUGGAUUCUGUACAAAUGAAACCAAGGGAAGGUAUUUCUUCAAAAUACAGAAGGCUGGAAAGUCCCGUAGAUCUUUUGGGAAAGAAAUUGCCAAAUACAAUCUUGCGUUCUGGAGUAUACAUUGAGAGGAAGUCUCUUCUGUACUCUCGCUGGAGUUUCAAAGAAUGUUUUCCUAAAUCGUUUUUAUUGAAUCGCUUGAAGGGUUGUCAGGCAGGUGGAAAACGGCUUGUAGAAACUAUAUUCUUAAGCCAAAAUCUGUUGGAGCAGAAACGCAAUCAAAAUCUGUCACAUCACAGCUGGAGAAAGAAAAGGUUGCCCAAACGCUACUGGCAGAUGAGAAAUAUAUUUCAGAAACUGGUAAAGAACCAUGGAAAGUGCCCUUAUUCGUUUCUCCUGAAAAAAAAUUGCCCUGUUUGGAUUUCCGAAACCAAUGCAGGAAAAGCUGAGUCACUGCCUUGUCAGUCAGCCUUACCUGGGGGAGCAGCGGUUCACAAGCAAGUAGAGCAGUUUGGGAAAGAAUCUACUAAGCACGUGACAAGCAGCAGCCAGAAAGGUGGUCACACUGCUAUGCCAAACGACUUGCAUGCUCCUCUUUCAAAAUCUCUGUGUGGGGAGUCAAAGAGCGAGGAGCAAAGUCCUGGAGAGGUGUGUGAUUCGGCCAUCAGGGAGCUCCUUGGGGAGCAAGACUGGCGGGUGUACGUCUUUGUGCGACAGUGCCUGGAGCGGGUGAUCCCUGCAGAGCUGUGGGGUUCAAACCAUAACAAAUGCCGCUUCUUAAAAAACGUGAAAGCCUUCAUUUCCAUGGGGAAGUUUGCUAAGCUUUCAUUGCGGGAGUUGAUGUGGAAGAUGAGAGUGAAUGACUGCAUGUGGCUUCGUCUAGUUAAAGGUGAUCACUUUGUUCCUGCCUAUGAACACUGUUUCCGUGAAGAACUUUUGGCUAAAUUCCUAUACUGGCUGAUGGAUACCUAUGUUGUUGAGUUGCUCAGAUCAUUUUUCUAUAUCACCGAGACCAUGUUCCAGAAAAACAUGCUUUUCUACUACCGAAAGCUUAUUUGGGGCAAGUUACAGAACAUUGGAAUUAGAAACCAUUUUGCCAAAGUACAUCUACGUGCUUUAUCUUCAGAGGAGCUUGAAGCUAUCCAUCAAAAAAAAAAUGUUCCUAUGGCAUCAAAGCUCCGGUUCAUUCCCAAACCAAAUGGGUUAAGACCCAUAGUAAAAGUGAGCGGUGUUGUUGAAGCAACAGCAUUCAGCAAGGAGAGCAGAGAAAAGAAGGUUCAUCACUACAACACUCAACUAAAAAAUCUAUUUAGUGUGUUAAAUUACGAACGGACUAUAAACACCAGUUUCCUGGGCUCUUCAGUGUUUGGGAAAGAUGAUAUCUUCAAGAUAUGGAAGAAGUUUGUUACAAAGGUUCUUGAAUCAGGUGGAGAAAUCCCUCAUUUCUAUUAUGUCAAGGCUGAUGUGUCCAGGGCUUAUGAUACCAUUCCUCACAAUAAACUUGUGGAAGUGAUUUCACAAAUCUUAAAACCUGAGAAAAGAACUAUCUACUGCAUACGACGCUAUGCAGUGAUUAAGAUCACUGCAUGUGGAAAAGCCAGGAAGUUCUAUAAGAGACAUGUUUCUACUUUCAAGGAUUUUAUGCCAGACAUGAAACAGUUUGUGUCCCAUCUUCAGGAGAGUGACUCGUUACAAAAUGCAAUAGUAGUUGAGCAGAGCUUAUCUUUUAAUGAGACAAGUUCCAGCCUGUUUACUUUUUUUCUGGAAAUGUUACAUAACAACAUCCUGGAAAUUGAGCAUAGGUACUACUUGCAGUGCUGUGGAAUUCCACAAGGCUCCAUUUUGUCAACCUUACUUUGCAGCUUAUGCUAUGGAGACAUGGAAAACAAAUUGCUCUGUGGCAUACAGCAGGAUGGAGUCCUGAUACGUCUAAUUGAUGACUUUUUGCUGGUUACACCACACUUAACACAGGCAAGAACUUUUCUGAGGACUCUAGCAACAGGUAUUCCUGAAUAUGGCUUUUUAAUAAACCCUAAUAAGACAGUGGUGAAUUUUCCAGUUGAUGAUAUCCCAGGAUGUUCCAAAUUUCAACAGCUGCCAGAUUGUUGUUUGAUCCCGUGGUGUGGUUUAUUAUUAGAUAUACAGACACUUGAGGUUUACUGCGAUUACUCCAGUUAUACUGGUACUUCUAUCAGAUCGAGUCUUUCCUUCAAUUCAAGCAGAACAGCUGGGAAAAACAUGAAAUGCAAACUGAUUACAGUCCUCAAACUGAAAUGCCAUUGUUUAUUUCUUGAUUUACAGAUCAACAGCCUUAGAACAGUUUUCAUUAACAUCUAUAAGAUAUUUUUACUUCAGGCUUACAGGUUCCAUGCAUGUGUUCUCCAACUUCCCUUUAACCAGCAAGUUAGAAACAAUCCUUAUUUCUUCCUAAGGAUUAUCUCUGAAACUGCGUCAUGCUGCUAUUCUAUCCUGAAAGCCAAAAAUGCAGGGAUUCCUCUAGGUAGCAAAGGUGCAUCUGGUGUGUUUCCAUCUGAGGCAGCAGAAUGGCUUUGCUAUCAUGCCUUCACUGUCAAGCUGGCAAACCACAAGGUUAUUUACAAAUGCCUACUUAAGCCCCUAAAAAUAUGUAAAAUGCAGCUAUUCAGGAGGAUCCCAAAGGAUACUAUGGCACUACUGAAGACAGUGACAGAACCAUCUCUUUGUCAAGACUUCAAAGCUAUCUUGGACUAAUUGAUUAAGGUUUACUUCGUAAUCUUUCUGAGUUUAAAAACAAAUGCUAUGUAAUUUAGAUCUUUGCAGUUUAUUUUGGUAGGGCGGGCUUAAAGCAACUUUACUCAGAAAUUUCCCGUAUUUGUUUCUCAGAUAUCGCACAAGUGGUUAAGAACAGUAAAUGUUUUUGUUAAUAUCUUCUUGUCUGUGUUUUCCUACAAUUUCACUGGCUGUUUGUUUGAAGUAAUUGACUUUGUUUCCUUCAACAAUUCCCACAUUCUUGAUGAAGACAUCUUUAAAUUAUCUCCUGUACAAACCGAUCAGCUUUCAUACGUACAACAGUGUGUGUUUUUGCAAAACUGUUCUCUGCUGCUCUGCAUUGCAGACUACUUUAUAAUAAAUUGUCUGGAUAAUUGCAAUAAUA